AUGUGUGUUUGGGAGCUGCAGCGUAUAAAAGACAAAACGUCAACGGGUCAAAGCAUUAAUUCAGCUUGUCAGUUGGACAGCAGCACAACCAAGUUGCCCACUCAACACAAAAAAAUGAAAAACUUGGGCAUCCUUUUGGCCUUCUUGGCCUGCUUGGCCAUUUGCCGUGCUGACGUUUCCCACUUGUUUGGCGGUGGCGGUGGUGGCCAUCACAAUCAUCACGAUUCACACUCGCACCAGCACGUGGAUGCACAUUCUCACCACCACGUGGAUGCCCACUCACACCAUCACGAGGAUCUGCACUCGCACCAUCACGAGGAUCUGCACUCGCAUCACCACCACCACGAGGACACACACUCGCAUCACCACCACCACGAGGACCCACACUCGCACCAUAACCAUCAACAGCAGCAUGGUUCCCACAUGCUGCACAUCGAUGUGCAAUUCGAUGAGCCGCGUCAGCUGAAUGGGGCGGGCGGCGGUGGCUACAGUUAUCCAGCACCAAAGCCCGAGUAUCUGCCACCACCAUCGCCACCACCAUCGCCACCACCGAAGCCACCAAGCAACUUGUAUUUGCCAGCCGAAAAGCCCGCUGCCAAAUAUUUGCCACCCAAGGUGGCACCAUCGCUGCCACCACCACCACCACCGCCACCAAAGAAGGCGCCCAAGGCAUCGUAUUUGCCACCAGAGAAGCCACGCACGAAAUACCUACCCCCUGCACAGCCAGAGGUGAAAUAUCUGCCCCCUCCAAAGCCAGAGAAAGUCUAUCUGCCCGCAGCUCAGCCAGAGAAGAAGUACUUGCCACCCAAGAUUCCACCAAGUCUGCCCCCACCGCCUCCACGACCUGAGCCCAAGCAAACCUAUCUGCCACCUGCACAACCGGAGACGCAGUACUUGCCCCCAGCUCAGCCGGAUUCGAAGUACUUGCCCCCAGCUCCAGCUGAGCCUCGUGUGUCUGCCUUUCAGCCCAGUUUUCACAUACCAAUUCCAUCGUAUGCUCUGCCCCUGAGCAGCUCCGCCCCGGGUUACAGUUACAAUCCGCCGCAGCGUCGCUUCAAGUUCUAA